AUUUAUUCCUCACAUGUUUCUUUCUGAUAGUGUCUGAAGCAGAAAUUUCCAGGGAGGCUGCUGACAUGGAAAUGAACAAGGAAAAGUAUGUGGAAGAGCUGAAGAAAGCAUUGGUGACUAGAGAAGAGUCAGCUGGCAAAUACAACUAUCUGAUUUCAAGAGAUCAAGAAAAUGUGGUGUGUCAGUUCUCCUAUGAAAGAAGUCUGAAGGAUGGCUCUGGUGAACAUCAGUCGGAACCUGAAGAGCAACAAGAAUCCCACCAGUGUUUCUUUUCAGGAACUCCUUUACAGCUCCAGAGGAAGCAUGGAGGUCUACCUGCAAAGUUCAGACUUGGCUCUGUGAAGCUGCAGGAGGUCCCAAGUCCAGCCAAGGUGGUGAAGGAGCUCAUUGGUUACUGCCUGGACAGCCUGGGAAAACUGCAGGCCAAAAAUGAGCACCUGCAGAGAGAAAAUGAAAGGCUUUUCAGCAACUGGAGUGAUGCAGAGCAGAGGCUGGAAAAAUGUGUGGAGGCUAAAGAGAAGCUGGAGGCAGAUCUUUAUAACCGUUUUAUUCUGGUGCUGAAUGAGAAGAAGGCAAAGAUAAGAAACUUACAGAAGUUGCUGAAUGAAGCCAAAGAAUCUGCAGCAGAUGCCAAAUGUACCAGGGAUGAUAUAACUACUACUCAGAUGGUUAUAAAGAGAGAAAAUGACUAUGAUGCCAGCACUGAUGAGGAAAGUGAAAGUUUAACACGGGCCUCAUUACCAUCAGCACCGGAGCGAAGGGAUUCCUCUCUCCUGGGGAGCCCAGGCGUUGCUGACACAGCUCCAAGAAGGAAGAGAAGACAAAGGGCAGCAAAACCUGCUGGUACAGGGCCUAAGGUGGCAUCUUAUGAGGCAGAACAACCACCUGAAGAAAAACCUGACCUGGCCUCACAGAAGACAUCUGGCCAGCAUUCUAUGGAUUGGAACCUGGAAACACUGAAGAACACUUGUGAGCCAGAGGACCUCUUUGACGACAUGUAGCCACAUGUGGGCUGAGAGACAGAGACUGGUACUUCUACCAGAGAUAAGCUGUAAAACUAAAGGCUUUUUUUGUAGAGUAGAGCCAAGAUCUGUGCUCUGAGGUGGUUUCCAGUGGCACACCCCUCUAAACCCUCUUGCACUGCACUUGUCCCCAUUCUUCGCUAUGAGUUUGUAGACCCUGAUAGACCUGAUUUGUGAUGGUCUUAAAAAUGAGUUUAUCCCCUGUGUAGACCUUUUAUCAAGUGUAUAUGGGAAGCGAGAGCACCACUGAGGUGCUUUUUACAUCCUUACAGUCAGUGGCUGCUGACUGUAUUCAGGUUUUCCAGAUGUCCCCAGAGAAUGUCCAACUUUUAACUACUACUGUACUUAACCUUACAUGCCACGCCUUUCUUAGCUCAGCCUAAACAUGAUCCAGAUAAAUCAUCUUCAGCUUUGUUCGAGAUGCAGGUUUAGAAUAGUCUCUUCUGAUUCAGUGCAUCCAAAGAAAUACCUUUUUAUUCAAAGGUUCUCUGCAGCAUUAAUGCCUUAUAAGGUUUUCUUGCUCUUGGAAGUAAAGUGCUUCUAAAGUAGAUAUUGACUCUAUUUUAAGCUUCCGUAGAAACCCAUAGCAUUUAAAAAGAUUGUCAUUUUUGAUACUUCAGCAUUUUCCUUAAGGUGGUUUCUAAAAAGAAAUAAAUAAAAUGCAUUCUAAAAGGACAUCAGUUUUGUUCUUAUUUGCUUAGACACUAUGAGUAAAGACAGAGUUAGCAAAAUGUGUUAAUGCAUGAAGGCAGUCUUUAAAGUCUUCUGUGCUCUGUGGCUUGCAAAGGUCAGUGGUAAAACACCUACUUGGUGUUUCUGAAAUGACCACUUAUUUAGGCUCUGAUUCUGCCAAAAUUCCAUCCUAUAAUUUAUUAAAAGCACCCAUGUCAGUAUUUGCAGCAUCAUGGACUCUUAUAGGAACACAAGGGUCUGGGAAUAUUACAUUUAAGCAUUCCUCCCUGGAAAAAUGGUCACAGCAUUUUGAAUUCACAAAGGGCUUUGGGACAGUGUUAUAAAUCACACAGUAAAAAUAAGAAUGGCUAAAAUAUUUUGCUUGCUAAAAAGGCUUUGUGCCUGAGAAGUGGCAAGGCCACAAAAGCCCUAUUCAUACACCCAUUCAAAAUCUUCCAGUGCUGAUCUGACAGUGCUUUCAGCAAAAGCUCAUGUAUGGUUCCAGUUUUGGAGUGAAUAUGUUCCAUGACUUAACCCGAAGUGGAAGAGCUUGGUUUAAUUGUGCCUGCAGCAGAAAAUGAAGGUAAAUGAAGCUGAACAUCUGACAAAACUCUGCUUUCAGGACGGUGUCGGUUUCUAGUGGCAAAAUGUUGUUGUACAAAUAGGAAAUGUUUCACGCCAUGGGCAGAUGUAAUAAAGUAUGUCAGAGUAUUUA